CGUCAAUUGUCAAAAUAAGUUUGUUUACAAUUGUUUGUAACAUUGGAUUUCGAUAAUGAGCCGUUGCUGGAUUUGUGGCAAUUUCGGUUCUGCUGAAACCAUGAUCCUUUUCUCGACUCCUGUUUUCGAAGGGCAAACUGCUACUCAAAUAAUUCAUGAAUGUUUCGGGCUAAUAUUAUCAGAGUACGAAGAAAUCAAUGAAUGCUGUUCUUGCUGUAGAAAGGAAAUUAUAUCCGCUUUGGUUCUAGUAAAGAAAAUACGCGAAUCAUUACAUAGGCUACAAUGCACUUCAUUGAUAAUGGAAGAAACAACUAAGCUGGAAAUUGUAGAGCCUACAGACAGAACAAUAGUUUCCGUCUUUAUUGCUGAAACGAACAUCAAGACUGAAGAAGAAUGCUUAGAAUUAUACGAUGGCAGCACUAGAAAAAAUGCUCCUAACACUCCAGUACCAAAAAAAAAUUUGAUGGACGAUUCUGAUUCUUUAACAAAUUCUCGAUCAGAUAAUGGUUUAUGCCAGAAGUCCCCAAAACACAGUAACAUUGGAAAAAUAGAUACUCCUAUAAUUCAAUCAGAUGAUGAAAAUUAUGCAUCGUCGAGUGACUCUGACGACACGGAUACCGAAGCUGAUGAAAGCCAAGAGAAAAAACGACUCUAUUAUGGUGUCAAACCGAAUUCCUUGCCCAAACGUUGCUGCGCUUGUAAAAAUUUACCCUUGGAUACACCGGAGAAAGUUGUGGAACAUUCUAUCAAAUAUCAUUCUAAACUGCGUAUCGUAAAUUCGAAGGAUUAUACAGACAAAAUAUUUGAAUGUUUGGUGUGUUUCAUGCGCUUCGACAAUAAGAAAUCAUAUCUCCAGCAUCAGCGAAAAAUGUACGUUGAAAUGUUACAUCCAUGCAAACAGUGCGAUGAAGAAUUUGCUAAUUUCUAUGUUCUUCAAAAACAUAUGAAAAACAAUCAUCAACGAAAACUUAAAAUUCAUGAACUCGAAGAAAUGCGUACGAAAAGCAAUAUUUGUUGCGGUUGCCGUGUUAAAUUUGGAUCUCAGCAUGAACUGAAAGAGCAUGCAAGAAAUGUGCACCUGCCUCAACGCGAGCAAAAUUACAACAGUAAUACGGUUGAAUGCGAUGUUUGUUACAAAAGCUACAAAUCAGCCAAAUAUCUCAAAGAUCAUCGUUUGCGGUUUUUCAAGAAGAAAAAUCUAAUUUGUUCUCAAUGUGGUCGAAGUUUUCGAGAAAGAUCGCAGCUAGAGGGUCACGAAGAUUCCCACCGUAACGUCCGUAAAUAUGAAUGCCCAAUAUGCCAAGCAAAAUUUUCCAUGAAAGCAUCUUGGCAGGUACACGUAAAAUAUCAUGAUGCUCAGGAAAACUUUCAUUGUGAGUAUUGUGGAAAAGGUUUCCGCAAGAAAGGUCUAAUGAAGGCUCAUUUACGCAUUCAUUCCACGGAUAGGCCACAUAAAUGCUCUAUGUGCCCUUUGACUUUUACACAGAAAAACCGACUGAAUUCACAUAUUCUUGAGCAUUCCGGUCUCAAAUCAUUCAAGUGUAGUCAUUGCUCUGCAUCAUAUGUUCAUCAACGAGCCCUAAGGAGACAUGUUCGAGACAAACACGAGGGAAUACAAAGUUUCAAGUGUACAUUUUGCCCCAAAGGGUUCAUUGAGCAAAAACCACUUUUAAUACAUUUGAAAACACAUGAACGUAGUGAGGAGGCCACUUUCUCAAAAAACUAAUGAACAGUAUUAUAUU